GUUUGGAAUCUCCCCCCCCAAAUGCUCCAGCCCCUCAGUCUCCAGUCUCCAUCUCCAGUCUCCAGUCUUCAGACUCUGAUAGGUCUGCAUGAAGAGCCUAUAAAAAGACCAGACUCUUUUAACCCACGACCCGGUAUGAAUGACCGUCCCCUCUUCGGGGAUCAGUGGCCAGUCAGAUGGGACCAAGGCUCAAGGCUCCGGUGGGCGAUUUGACCCUCAUUACCCCUGGAUCCGCCCUGUUGUGGACUGGUGGUCCCCUGGUCCGUCCUGAACUAAACCAGCCUCCGACGCGUCUAACCGGAAUCAUCUACUUACUUGUACUUACUAUUCAUGGAGACCCAACCCUGGAUUUUUCUGGUUGUCUGGUUGAUCGUAUCCCCUAUGGAGUGAUGGUACCUGGAAGAUUUUACUUGUUCCUUCUUAUUUGAAUCUACAUUAACC